GCCAUGGAGAAUCAAACCACACCAACUGAAUUCAUCCUCUUGGGAUUUUCCAAACUCCCGGGCUUGCGUUUCCUUCUCUUGGGCAUCAUCUCCAUCAUCUACAUUUUUACCCUGCUGGGAAACAUGCUCACCCUCCUCCUUUCCUUGGUGGAGCCGUGUCUCCGAACGCCCAUGUACCUCUUCCUGGGGAAUCUCUCCCUCCUAGACAUAUUCCAGACCACCACCACCAUCCCCCAGAUGCUGCAGCACCUUCUUUCAGGCAGCAGCAGCCUCUCCUACACAAGCUGCAUGGCACAGCUCUACUUCUUCCUCUUAUUUGUGGGGGCAGAAGGCAUUCUCUUGGCCACCAUGGCAUAUGACCGCUAUGUGGCCAUAUGCAACCCACUGCGCUACACAGUGCUCAUGAGUAGCAAGCUUUGUUCCACAUUAGUGGCUGCCUCUUGGCUCACUGGCUCUCUCAAUGCAGCUGUUCACACAGUCCUCACAAUCCACCUGUCCUUCUGCGGUGUCAACAGACUCAGCUACUUCUACUGUGACAUCCCACCCCUGCUGGCUCUGUCCUGCGGAGAUGUCUCCCUCAAUGUCACCAUGACAGUGGUCUCCAGCCUCUUCUUGGGCUGGGGUCCUUCCUUGUGCAUCAUCCUUUCAUACGUGCACAUUGUGUUCAGGAUACUGAAGAUGCAAUCGUCCCAGGGGAGGAGAAAGGCCUUCUCUACCUGUGCAUCGCACCUCACGGUAGUUCUCCUUUACUAUGGCAGCUGCAUCUUCACCUACAUCAGACCUAUCUCCAGCUACUCUCUGGACAAGGACAGGCUGAUCUCCCUGCUGUACAGCCUCGUCACUCCUAUGUUAAAUCCAAUCAUCUACACACUGAGGAACAAGGAUGUGAAGGGGGCUAUGAAAAAGGGCUUUGGUAGGAAAAUGUUUUUUCUAAGGGAGUCAACAUUACCGGCAUCUACCCCCAAUGCUGGGAAGGGAGUGGGAUGUAGUGAAUUAGACCAUAUGGGAACUGGUAGUCAAGACUCAGCCCACAUUCUGUCCCCUUCCUGA